GAGAGAGAGAGAGAGAGAGAGAGAGAGAGGUGGAGGAAGAGUUGAUUGUUGUUGUUCUUGGAGAAUGACGUCAGACGGAGCCACCUCGGCGUCGACGGUUAGGAGAAAGCCGUCGUGGAGAGAAAGAGAGAAUAACAGGAGGAGAGAAAGGAGGAGGAGGGCGAUUGCGGCGAAGAUAUUCGCCGGGCUUCGAGCUCAGGGGAGCUUCAACUUGCCCAAGCACUGCGACAACAACGAGGUCCUGAAGGCUCUCUGCGUCGAGGCCGGUUGGACUGUUGAAGAAGACGGCACCACUUAUCGAAAGGGAUUCAAGCCACCCCCAACUGAUACGCCAGGCACUUCGACCAAAGUUACACCCUAUUCCUCUCUGAAUCCGAGUCCACUAUCUUCUUCCUUUCCAAGUCCAAUUCCUUCCUACCAAGCCAGCCCCUCAUCCUCUUCUUUUCCAAGCCCAUCUCGUUGCUUUGAUGCCACCAAUUCAUCAAAUCUGUUUCCCAAUCUGCGAUCUGCUAUACCUUCUUCUCUUCCUCCUCUCCGGAUUUCUAAUAGUGCCCCUGUGACCCCUCCACUCUCAUCCCCCAACUCGAGAAAGUGCCAACCAAUUCCCAAUUGGGACUCCAUUGCCAAACAAUCCAUGGCCUCUUUCAAUUACCCAUUUUACGCCGUGUCUGCUCCAGCUAGUCCAACUCGUCACCAACAUCAACUCCAUACUCCUCCCACCAUUUUUGAAUGUGAUGAGUCUGAUACUUCAACUGUUGAAUCUGGCCAAUGGAUGAACUUCCAGAAAUUUGCAACUGCCUUGUCCGCAAGGCCAACCUCUCCGACCUUCAAUCUUGUGAAACCUGUCACUGCUCAGCAAAACUUGCCAGCUAAUGGAAUGGCAGAGAUGGGGAGAGGAUCAGAGUUUGAGUUUCUCGGGGAACAAGUGAAGCCAUGGGUUGGGGAGAGGAUUCAUGAGGUGGGAUUGGAUGAUUUAGAGCUCACACUUGGCAAUGGUAAGGCCCGAAGUUAAGCCACCGUGUAGGGAUGCAUGGUGCAUUUGAGUUCUGCACUUAUGAACGAAGAGAAGAAAAGAUGUUGGUUUAUCUGGUCCGCAAAUCAUUUAAUUUCAGCUUGGUGUUGGAAGUAACGGCAGGGCGAAAGAAUGGCUUAUAGCAGACAUGGUUAAUGCAAGGAAAUUAAAUUUUCAAGAGGGCAAUUUAAGGUCAUUUUAUUCCUUCAUUCUCAAUUGGAAAUCAAAGUAGAUUUAGAUAGUGUGUACUCUUUCUUGUUGAAGUUCACCUUUGAAGACUGAAAAACUUUUUCUCUUUUUCUUUUUCCCUUAAUUUUUUUUGGUUUGAUUGCGGACUCGGAAACUGGGAAAUGAGAAUGCUGUAUAUUUUACAA